AACUUCCUCUCCAUCGUCAGUGGAAUUACCAAACAUUUGCAUCUUCACUACCCCAACAGCUAUUUAUCGUGCAUUCGCUAGGAGAGCAAGAACAGAUCUUUCCGACCCUCGUUUUCCUACCACUUUCAACGUGUGACAGCAUUUUUUUCUCCUAGAUCUCUACAAUACAUAGAGUAAUCUCUCUCUCUCUCUCUCUCUCUCUCUCUCUCUCUCUCUCUCAUCUUCUUUUUGCGUUGAAAAGUUAGUGGCAAAACUAAGAUAGGAAAGGCUACUCUCUCUCUCCCACAACUGAAAUGGCCAAGAAACUGAUCCUUUACACCUGUUCAAUCCUAAAUUUUGUUGGGUCCAUGUUGUUUUGCGGUAUAAUCAAUCUCCUCAUAAAAUUCAAACAGUUCCACAACCGAUUUCUACAUACCCACAUAGAGCUAGUCCCUCGAGAAGAAUCUCUCGCAAUCGUUCCUGAAAACUUGUACUCCGACAGUUACUGUUCCAACAAGCAAAUAUUAUCUAAAUCCAGACAAACAAACGGUACUCAAGAAGUAAUGUUGGAUGGUGAUGACAUUGAGAUAGUCAUCAGGAAGCUCGGGAUGGGGAGCUUAGGCAAAGAGAUCCAAAAGCAGUGCAAAGGGAAGCAUGUCGACUGCAGUCUUGUAGAAGCUGUAUCAGUGUUGCUGGAAGAGAAAGAAGCAAGCAUAGAUGAACUGGAUGGAGCUUUCGCCAUCUUCGACGAGAACAGAGACGGCUUCAUAGAUGCUGCCGAGCUACAACGAGUCAUGGCAGUGUUGGAGUUCAAAGAAGGAAUGGAAUUGGAAAAUUGCAAGAAGAUGAUUGGAGUGUUCGAUGAAAAUGGCGACGGUAGGAUUGAUUUCGGCGAGUUUAAGAAUAUGUUAGAAGAUGUUUAGUUUUUUUUUUUUUUUUUUCUUUAAACACUUGAACUUUCUAUUUUAAUGCUGCAACAUAUCUGUAUUAGUCUUCUAUAGGAAUUAUAAGUAAUUUUUCAGUCA